AUGUUGAAAGCCGCAGCAUUACUUGUGCCUAUUGCUCUUGGAGUAUCUCUGUAUUUAAGUUCUUCGAGUGAACUUAAGGUACCCACUUUACCCGAGACAAAUUGGGGUUCGAAGAAAAAUGUAAAAGAAUCCACCGAAAUACGGCCUUUCAAAAUUAAUGUACCGAAUACGGUCCUAGAAGACUUGAAGUACCGUCUCGCGCACAGAAGACCGUAUGUGGAACCGCUUGAAGAAGCGGCAUGGACUUACGGUAUAUCAACCAAGUAUCUCAAUACAGUACUCAAUUAUUGGAAGGAUAAAUAUAAUUGGACGGAAAGACAAGCGUUGCUUAAUAAAUAUCCACAAUUCAUAACGAAUAUUCAAGGUUUGGAUAUACACUAUUAUCACAUUCGGCCUACGAAUCUUCCAAAAGAUAGAAACUUGAAAGUAUUGCCUUUAAUGAUAAUACAUGGAUGGCCUGGAUCGAUUGUUGAAUUUCAGAAAAUAAUACCUAUAUUAACGACACCUUCACCCAAUCAUGAUUUCGUAUUCGAGCUGAUUGCACCGUCGCUUCCUGGAUAUGGAUUUUCGGAAGGAGCCGUUCGUCCAGGAAUGGCUACUGCUCAAAUGGCAGUUGUAUUCAAGAAUUUAAUGCAGAGGCUCGGUUUUGACAAAUUUUAUGUUCAAGGAGGAGAUUGGGGAUCUCUUAUUGCCUCUAAUAUAGCUGCACUUUUCCCAGAAAAGGUCACUGGUUUACAUUCUAAUAUGUGUUCUUCAUUUGGACCAUCAGCUUUCUUUUGGUCGGUAGUGGGUACUUAUAUUCCAUCAUUAGUUGUAGAGAAAGAACAUUAUUCUAAAUUUUUUCCCAUAAGUAACACUAUGAAAGUACUUAUCGAAGAAAGCGGGUACUUCCAUAUACAAGCUACAAAACCAGACACGAUUGGAGCUGCGCUAACAAACUCUCCGGAUGGUUUAGCAGCAUACAUUUUGGAAAAGAUUAGUACAUGGACAAGCAAAGCAUACAGAAACCGAGAUGAUGGUGGUAUAUUAGAGAAAUUCACACUUGACGAAAUUUUGGAUAAUAUAAUGGUAUACUGGAUCACCAAUAGCAUUACUACUAGCGCCCGCCUUUACGCUGAAAAUUUUAGUACAGCAUAUAGAACCUUAAAGAUUGAUCAAUUACCCAUAAAAGUACCUACAGCGUGUGCUGCUUUCCCAGAAGAAUUAUUAGUUCAGCCCAAGAGUUUACUUAAAAACAGAUUUGCUAAUAUAAUUCAAUAUAAUUUCAUGCCACGUGGAGGUCAUUUUGCAGCUUUCGAAGAGCCACAACUUUUGGCAGAUGACAUCUUUAGUUUUGUUAAAAAGGCAGAAAAAAUUAAAGAACUGCCGCAACAAGAUUUGUAAUUGUGAUCAAUAUGUAUAAGUGCUACAUAGUUAUUAAUAUUUUUUAAAAUACUUUAAUAAAUCGUAAUAUAUGUUUAAUAUCAAAUAUACAGCAAUAUCAAUAAUAUCCAUGAUGAUCACCAUUUACAAUUUAACAGAUGUUUCUUAUUUAUUUUAUACAUUUAAAUACAUAAAAAUAUCUGGAGUUUAUCGUAUUUUAUAAUUACUGUAUACACAUAGACAUGGUGUUAAUUUUGUCCAUUAUGAAAAUGUAAUGUACAACACGUUAAACACUACCAGUACCAGACUUUUCAACAUUCUCUAGCAAUGUUUGCAAAUUAGUUUCAAACAAUUC